GACUUUUCCUAAAUCUUAAGGAUGAUAAACAGAGAAGACAAAAGAAAUGAAGAGAGAAAGUUAAAACCUCUCAUCUGCGAUUUGACCUCAGAAGGGAAAUCCUGGAGGCGAAGUCAUUGCAGAGAAGAAGUAAAAGAAGGAAGUAUCUGUGUGACAAGAAAGCCACUUAACAAUGAAAAAAUUCACACUGUUUGAUUUUGUAAAUGAUAAUUCACUGCAAAUUGGAGAGACUUCUUGGAUCCAGGACCUUCCCUGUGAUGACAAUGAAUUAGAAAGGCUUCUGAAACCUAAUGAGCACGUACUAGUAAACUGGCCUGUGGGAGAAAGAAAGACAGAAAAGCACCUGGUGAAAGUUGUGUACAUGAGUGAUGACCCCCAAGAGCUGGUGGAAAUGAUGCAAAAGAUAUUACGAGCAGAUGAAAUUACAAAAAUACAAGUCCUUGGAAAAGGCAAGAGGAAGAGGAUAGAAAUGAUAUUCUCAGAAAGUGAGGACAGUGACCUGGAUAAGGAAAAGGGGAAGAUGAUGAAACAUAUAAAAAGAAAGAAAUCAUUGCAGGCAUCUGCUCCUGCCAACAUCCUGAGUCAACUUGAAACAUCUUUAAUUAACAAACAGAGAGAACCAUAUUCAGGAAGCAACUUUCUAUACAGUGAAAGUAGCAGUGAUGAUGAAGAGCCUUUAUUUCAACUCUCCAAGGUAGAACUAUGUGCCAAAAUUAAAAGUCUCAAGAGGAAGCUGACAGAUACCAUGAGAGAAAAUUGCCGCCUAAGGCAAUCCCUGGUGAUGCUUCAAGUGUUGCCACAGGCAGUCACUCACUUUGAGGAACUGGUAGGGAUGGCUGAAGUGCUGCUCAAAGGGGGAGUGACAUCAUCCACGUCCAGUCUGCAUCCACAUGCUGUUUGGAAGGCAUCUCACAAUCCAUUAGCAGAUUCCUGUGCAGCUCUGCAUAGUAACUCCAGCUCACCAAUAACUUUGAAUGUGGAAGAUGAGGAGCAACAGACUGAAAAACAGUUCAAGAUUGAAAAGUGGCAGAUUGCACUUUGUAACAAGAGCAAACCUCAAAAAUUUAUAAAUGACUUGAUGCAAGCACUUUAUACACAUGAAUACAUGGCUACACACAGCCUGACAGGUGCAAAAUCCUCUUCUUCAAAGGAUAAAGCGGCAAAACCAGCUAUGAAUCAGAAUGAAGUUCAGGAAAUCAUAGGAAUCACAAAACAGUUGUUUCCAAACACAGAUGAUGCUUUAAUUAGGAGAAUGAUGGGACAAAAACUGAACAAUUGCACCAAGAAGCCAAUUUUAAGCAAAGACCUUAACUCAGGUGCUUUUCAGAAACAUAGCUUUUGUGGUUCAACAGCUACUCCUCAGGGCAUCAUCUCUUCGGCUGUUCCUCCUUGUACACAAGACCAGCAGGAUGAUGAUUCACCAGCUGCUAAUGCACAACUUCAGCAAAGUGACAGCUGCCUGACUCCUCCACCUCCCACCCCGGAAGGUCAGCAGGAGUGUCCCAAACUCACUUCUUCUAAGGUGAAGUCUCAACUCACCAGCAGCUCACCAGCGCUCUCUCCCAACCAGGGUUGUGGACAGGAUCUCAGGAAUUCAGACAAGGAAUAACAGGUGUUUCAUUCCAGCUCAUGUACUCAACAGAGAUUAAGAAGCAGUAUAAAACAAAAAAGAAAUAAUAUCUAAAUUGUACUAGAUAUAUGGUAGUGUCCAACAGCGGACAGAGAUAGAAGCCUGAGAACUUUUUUCUCAAACAAGUGAAAAUCCCAUAGACUAGAAAAAAAUUGAAGGCAUAUUAAUGUAUUUGAAUUUAGAAUGUUAUUAUAUGCAUGUUAUGCAGUAAUUAAAACUUGUACUGAAGACUACAAGUAGAGUCCCCCUUAGUUAGAAAAAAACAUUAUUUAAAGUACUACCAAAAAAUAUAUAUAUGAGGAACCAUAAUUCCCCUUGCUUUCACCUUGACAGCUGAGGGAAAACUGCUGAACUGAUCAAAGAAAGUUAUUGUUUAUUAAUGGAAAAA